AUGACUUCUCUUUUCCCUGUGAAUAAGGAGAAGGAAACAUCUACUGAAAUUGAGAAGGGAGGCUCCAUCAUGUCCAGGCCCCAGACCCCGGAGCCGACCCUCAAUGGGCAGGAAGACACCCCCGUGGGCUCGCCGGACGACGUGGCCGACGGGAUCCAGCACUCGCAUCGCAUGCUCAGCUUCAGCGACGCGCUGCUAUCCAUCAUCGCCACCGUGAUGAUCCUGCCCGUGACCCACACAGAGAUCUCCCCGGAGCAGGAGUUUGACAAGAGUGUCCAGAGGCUCCUCGCCACGAGGAUUGCUGUCUACCUGAUGACUUUCCUCAUCGUGACCGUGGCCUGGGCAGCCCACACGAGGUUGUUCCAAGUUGUUGGGAAAAUAGACGACACGCUUGCCCUGCUCAACCUGGCCUGCAUGAUGACCAUCACCUUCCUGCCGUUCACAUUUUCCUUGAUGGUGACCUUCCCCGAGGUGCCUCUGGGCAUCUUCCUGUUCUGCAUGUGUGUGAUCGCCAUCGGGGUCGUGCAGGCGCUGAUCGUGCUCUAUGCCUUCCACUUCCCUCACCUCCUGAGCCCCCAGAUCGAGCGCUCUGCCCACCGUCGUCUCUACCGGCAGCACAUCCUGGGCAUCAUCAUGCGGGGCCCCGCACUCUGCCUGGCCGCCGCCGGCUUCUCCCUCUUCUUCUACCCCGCGUCAUACCUGCUGAUGGCCACGGUCAUCUUCCUGCCCUACGUGAGCAAGGCUGCCGGCUGGUGCAGGGCCCACCUUAUGGGCCCCAGAGAGCCCCCGGCUCACAGCAUGGAGGUCUUCACCUUCGACCUGCACGAGCCGCUCAGCAAGGAGCGGGUGGAGGCCUUCAGUGACGGGGUCUAUGCCAUCGUGGCCACUCUGCUCAUCCUGGACAUCUGCGAGGACAACGUCCCGGACGCCAAGGAUGUGAAGGAGAAGUUCCAGGGCAGCCUGGUGGCUGCGCUGGGCGAGUCAGGGCCGCACUUCCUGGCCUACUUCGGCUCCUUCGCCACGGUGGGCCUGCUCUGGUUCGCCCACCACUCACUGUUCCUGCACAUCCGCAGGGCCACGCAGCCCAUGGGACUGCUCAACACGCUCUCGCUGGCCUUCGUGGGCGGCCUGCCCCUGGCCUACCAGCAGACGUCAGCCUUCGCACAGCAGCCCCGCGAUGAGCUGGAGAGCGUGCGCGUCAGCUGCGCCAUCAUCUUCCUGGCCAGCAUCUUCCAGUUCGCCAUCUGGACCACGGCACUGCUGCGGGAGGGGGAUACGCUGCAACCCUCUGCACGCUUCGGGGGCCGCGAGCACGCAUUCAUGUUUGCCAAGCUCGCCCUGUACCCCUGCGCCAGCCUGCUGGCCUUCGCCUGCACCUGCGUGCUGAGCAGCUUCAGCACGGCCAUCUUCCACGCCAUGCAGAUCGCGGUGCCCUUCACCUUCCUGCUGCUCCGGCUGCUGGUGCGCCUGGCGCUGGCCAGCCUGCGGGCCCUGCGGGGGCUGGUGGGGCCCGUGAUUGCCCAGCCGGCGCCUGGGGCUGCGGACGAGGCCCAGUCCCCACUGCUCCCUGCCCCCUGCUAG